AUGCCCCUCAGGAUGACAGUGUCAAAGUAUCCGCAGAGAAAGCUUGGGGACACCCUCGUGUCGGCACAAGGACUGGGAUGCAUGGGCAUGACUCACCAGUACUCGUCAUUUGGCGGCUACAACGACCAGGAAUCACUCAGAGUCCUCACGCGCGCUGCUGACCUGGGCAUCACCUUCUGGGACACAAGCGACAUCUAUGGGCCCUUCACCAACGAGGAGCUCAUCGGUCGCUGGUUCAAGGAGACCGGGCGCAGAGACGAGAUCUUCCUGGCAACCAAGUUCGGCAACAAGUAUGACACUGUCACUGACAAGACCACCAUUGAUGGGUCGCCCGAGUACGUGAGGCAGGCGUUGAGUGACAGCCUAAAGAGACUGAACACCGACCACGUGGACCUCUAUUAUCAGCACCGGGUAGACUUCAACACACCCAUCGAGAAGACGGUCGAAGCAAUGGCACAGUUGAAGGCCGAGGGCAAGAUCAGGUAUCUAGGCCUCUCGGAGUGCUCCGCACGUACUCUCCGUCGGGCCCAUGCGGUCCAUUCCAUCGCCGCUGCGCAGAUGGAGUUCUCCCCGUUUGCCUUGGAAAUUGAAUCGGAGCAGACAAACUUCCUCGCUACGGCCAGGGAGCUGGGUGUCAAGAUUGUGGCCUAUUCACCGCUUGGCCGCGGCUUUCUGACAGGGACUAUCAAGAGCCGGGCCGAUUUUGACGAGGGUGACAACCGCCUAAACCAUCCUCGGUUCUCAGAAGAGAACUUCGCAGACAAUCUGAGAUUGGUGGAGACGUUGUCGGCGCUCGCCAAAGAAAAAGGCACUACCCCUAGCCGGCUGGCGCUUGCUUGGGUGCUUGCUCAGGGUGACGCGGGAACAAAGCAUGUCAAGUAUCUGGAGGACAAUGUUGGUGCUAUUGAUGUGCACUUUACUAAAGAAGACGAGCUCCGUGUCAGGAAGGCAAUCGAGACUGUUGGUGGUGCCAAAGGUUCCCGGUAUCCCAGCGCUAUGCUCGCCAAGUGCUUUGGGGAUUCUGUUGAAUUGGAUUAG